CUCCUGUCCUCUUUUAACUCCUCUGCUUUCUUUGUCUGUGUGGUUCGGCCACCCCUCUUCCCAGCUCGGGAUCGCGGAGGGCCCUGCACUAGGGCACCUAGCGGGGACUGUGGGCCGGUGGUGGGACCCACCUGUGUCUACAGGCCUUGCUUCCUGAGAAACCGUCACCAGAUACACCGUCGCCAGGACUUCCUGGGGCACCCGCGCUGUUCUGGAAAACUAGAAAAGUUUUCUUUUUGGUCACUCACCACUGGUCCCAUGGCUGCCAUGCAGAUGGAUCCUGAGCUUGCCAAGCACCUCUUCUUUGAAGGGGCCACUGUGGUCAUCCUGAAUAUGCCCAAGGGGACAGAGUUUGGCAUUGACUACAACUCCUGGGAGGUGGGGCCCAAGUUCCGGGGUGUGAAGAUGAUCCCUCCGGGCAUCCACUUCCUCCACUACAGCUCUGUGGACAGGACCAAUCCCAGGGAGGUGGGCCCCCGUAUGGGCUUCUUCCUUAGCCUACAGCAGCGGGGGCUGAAGGUCCUGCGCUGGGAUGCAGUCCAGGAAGAGGUAGACCUGUCCCCAGCCCCAGAGGCUGUGGUGGAGGCCAUGAGGGCCAACCUCCAGGAGCUGGACCAGUUCCUGGGACCUUACCCAUAUGCCACACUCAAGAAGUGGAUCUCACUAACCAACUUCAUCAGCGAGGCCACAGUGGAGAAGCUCCAGCCUGAGAGUCGACAGAUCUGUGCCUUCUCAGAGGUGCUGCCUGUGCUCUCCAUGAAGUACACCAAGGACCGGGUGGGGCAGAAUCUACCCCGCUGCGGCACUGAGUGCAAAAGCUACCAGGAAGGCCUGGCCCGGCUGCCCGAGAUGAAGCCCAGAGCUGGCACAGAGAUCCGCUUCUCCGAGCUGCCCACACAGAUGUUUCCGGCAGGUGCCACGCCGGCCGAGAUAACCAGGCACAGCAUGGACCUGAGCUAUGCUCUGGAGACCGUGUUCAGCAAGCAGUUCCCCCAAAGCCCCCAGGACAUGCUAGGUGAACUCCAGUUUGCCUUUGUAUGCUUCCUGCUGGGGAACGUUUAUGAGGCAUUCGAGCACUGGAAGCGGCUCCUGAACCUUCUGUGCCGGUCAGAAGAGGCCAUGGUGAAGCACCACACCCUUUAUGUCAACCUCAUCUCCAUCCUGUACCACCAGCUUGGCGAGAUCCCCGCCGACUUCUUUGUGGACAUCGUCUCCCAGGACAACUUCCUCACCAGCACCUUACAGUGUACAGAUGAGGAAGCUGAGGCUCCGAGAGGCAAAAGGAGUUGCCCUGGUUCACAAAGGAAGUCAGAGAUUCUUUCCCGGUCUUGUCCUCAUUUUCCAUAGAUCCUCACCACCUUCAGUGGAAAAUCCUGAUUCCUCAGAGGACUUCAAGGUCGUGAUGACCCAACCCUGGCUGGAUUCUGGCUUCAUCUUUGAACUCUGAGACUUCAGCCCCAAUGAGCUGCCCACAGUGGCUUGCAAGGGCCCGGCCUGGCCUCCAGGCCUUAGUGUACACUGUCCCCUCUUGCUGGAACGUCCACUCUGUCCUUCCUUUGCUCAUCAGACUAAGUCCUGCACAGCUUGGGAGUCACCUCUUCCUGGACAUCUUCCCACACUCCCCCGACAGUUGGUCAGGGCCCCUCUGGGAAUGGUGGGUUUUCUUGGGUCAUGCCUGGAGCUGGCAAGGCUCCUGAGGCCAGAGACAUUCCUCCUACAACUGUGUAUCCCCAGUGCCCAGCAUAGGGCUUGGCCCGAGUGGUAUCAGUGAGCAUGGAAUGAAUGAAUGAACAAGAUAAGGAACACCCUGGGGCUCCACUACUAGCUUCACUCCUUUUGUUCUCCAGACAUUUCCCAGACACCUCCUCCAUGCCAGGCUUGAUGCCAGCCCCAGGGACAACAAUAACCCAGGCUUGAAAUUUACUCUGUGGUUUACAACGAGCUUCUAUCAUAAAAGUCACAACCACCCUGCAAAGUAGGUGCUCAUGCUUAUGUCCAUUUUCCAGAUGUGGAAACUGAGGCCCAGGGAGGUUGAGUGACUUGCCUAGUCACAGCUAGUACGUGACAGAGCCAAGAUCUGAACCCAGGCUUGCUCAGUCCAGAGGUCACACUCCUUCCACACCAUCAAAACAAGGCAAAACAAAGCAAAGGAAUAUGUGAAUACUCAAAAAAAUUGGAAAACAUAGGAAAAGAGAAGGAAGAGUGAAGUCCUAUAUUCCACCCCCCUUCGACCCUGGGAUAUAUUUCAUUAACAGUCUGGGAAUCUCCUACUUACUUUUGCUGAGCCUCUGUGUUCAAGGAAGUGACUCGGUCAAGGUCACACAAUGCAAGCAGCAGGAUGUGAACCCAGAUUGCUGGCCACAAUUUGAGGUGAAUUCAAUGUGGCCUCAGACCUCAAGGAGCUGUAUCCAGUUUUAUGUAAGAGAUGGAAGCAAACAGGUAUGUUUUACUUUGGGUUCCCGCCAAAAGCAGCAGCCCCUGAGACAGUGACUUGUGCACAGGUAGUUCAUUUGGGAGGUGAUCCUAGGAAGUGGGAGGGAGGGAGUCUGGAGAGUGAGACGGGAGAGGAGAGAAAGUCAAUAAAGUGUGCAUUAGCACAUGGCCACUGGAAUGCCGUACUGCUGGGGACCUUCGAGGAACAGUGGAGAAGAUGCCUCAGAACUGUCUGCCUGAAGGAGGAGCAUUUACCCACUGAUUCCUGACCCCAUGAUGGAAGGAUGCUCCUAAGGGCAUUAACUCCCCUGCAUUUCCAAGUUGUCCUGUGCUUGAGCUCUUGUGACUUCAG